AUGAAGCAUUUGUUCAACACCCUGGUGGGAGUGGUUGUCCUUGCAGUAGCUGCUGCAGCUAAUGAGGAGGUGGCGCAGGAUGCAACUUCUCAGCUCGCUGUGGAGAUCAGCCCUGAGGAGCUGGUGGCAAUCCAACAAGAUGCUAACUCUGAGCCCCGACUUUUCUUUCCCCUGGGGGGUCUGGUGUCUGCAAAGUUGGCGAUGCUGAAGGGUCUACAGUCUCCCUUCGCAGCUCCUGCUGCUCCUAAAAACGUGCACAUUCACCACACAGCCUACGUACAGCCUCCCCCGCCACAGCACCACCACCACCACAGCGAACACCACCACCAUAACGAACACCACCACCACCACCCCCAUCACCACCACCACCACCCCCAUCACCACCACCAUCACCCUGACCACCACCACCACCACCAUCACCCUGACCACCACCACCACCACCACCACCCUGACCACCACCACCACCACCACCACCCAGACCAUCACUACCACCACCACCACCCAGACCACCACCACCAUCACCACCAUCCCCACGGUUACUACCCCCCUCCUCCACCCCCUCACCAUCACUACCACCACCACCCCCAUUCUGGACACCAUCACUACUACCGCGAAGACGCCUCUCAGCAGCAGGAGCAGCAACAGGAGCAGCAGGAACAGGAACAGCAACCAAUCGAGAACUAA